CCACAAGGUGUUUCCCUCUCUCUCUUUUUAUCAAGAAAUUGUAUCAACAUGCCACCAAAGUUGGACCCUAAUGAGAUCAAGAUCAUCUACCUCCGUGCUACCGGAGGAGAGGUUGGAGCUUCGUCUGCUCUUGCCCCAAAGAUUGGUCCUCUCGGUCUCUCGCCCAAGAAGGUUGGUGAAGAUAUUGCCAAGGCCACUCAGGACUGGAAGGGUCUUCGUGUUACUGUUCAAUUGACCAUCCAGAACCGUCAGGCCGCUGUCUCGGUCGUCCCUUCGGCUUCCUCGUUGGUGAUCAAGGCCCUCAAGGAGGCUCCCCGUGACCGCAAGAAGGAGAAGAACAUUAAGCACAACGGCAACAUCUCGAUCGAUGAUGUUAUUGAGAUUGCACGUAUCAUGCGCCCCAAGUCCAUGGCUCGCGAGCUCUCUGGUACUGUCAAGGAGAUUCUUGGAACUGCAUUCUCGGUCGGAUGCACUGUCGAUGGCCAGAAUCCUAAGGACGUCGGCGAUGCCAUCGAUGCCGGUGAGAUUGAGAUUCCCGAGGCUUAAAUAUCUUGUUUGAUUCCUCUCUUCCUUCCUUACUUAAUCCAUUCGCUGUUGCAGAGUAGUAAUAAACCAUGCUUUUAAGCUUGGAUAAUUCUCUUGGGCAACAAAGUCCUUUGUGACUACUCUUUUUUAUCCCUCUUUUCUUUAUGUUUCUCUGGUUGUACUUUGCGCAAAGCGAAGAGGAGGG